GCUUAUCCAACAAUAGCCUCUUGGCGGGUUUUCGAGUUCUCUGUAGUGAGAUGAUAUCCUUGUGUUGACAGCGUCCAUUUAGUUACUAAACUAGAUAUGUCUGUACUGAGCGACACUUUGCAUGCUGCAAAUGGGAACGAAGAAACAGCAUCGAAAGUAGAUAUGUGUCCUCGCAGACUUUCAAGAGUUUCGCGCUUGAGGGAUAUGUUCCAAACUGGUGUUGUAAAGCCAAUCGACGAUACUGAAGAUGGAUUUGAUGUAGAAAGUUCAGUGUUUUCAGCAUACACCUGCCCUGAUUUUGAAAGGUUUUCAAGAGCCUUUCCGGGGUCCCCACCUAUGAAAAGUCUGCGCAAUCAUCGAAUAAGUCUAAACAAGAAUGAAUCGACUCAAAAUAAUGUUACGUCAUCCAGAUCAGUUGAUGGAGGUUUCUCUAUACCGGAAUCACUUUCUCCCCUUAAAUCUCCACCCACAAGACCUCCUAAGCCUCGUCAUAUAUCUCUAUCUAAACCUGCCGUUCUUGAAGAGGUGAAACUAAAACCGAUUUCUUCAAAAAUCGCUACCGAAAAUGCAUCUUGUAAUAGCGUUACAGAACCGGUGGACAUUUCCAACCAUUCGAUUACUAGCGUUGGUAAUAGCAUAGAUAAUCAACCAUCGACAGUCAAAGUAAAUGGAAGUUCGUUAAAUUCAACUACCAUUCGAAAUUCAACUCCUGUAACUAUUAUCAAAGCAGGACCGCAACAAACAUCCAAAGAUCCCGUUGAAUGUUUUUCUUAUGCUUCCAUAACUCCUUUAUAUUCGUCUAACAAGAUUGAGAAGGCGACUGAAAAUGAUGUAAAUAAUGCUAUAAAUAAUAAUGCUCAUCACCAGUCCUACGAAACAGCCAAUCAACCCUCCGAAGAUUUAAAUUCACAAUCAACUCAUUCCAUAUGCAAUUCUUCUGUUGAUCAUCAAUGUACAAUAUCAAAUUCUUCGGAUGUCCAGGAUUUUGUUAUUCGACCUGAAGCAUUUCACAAGUCUCUAUUUCCUGAAAUUGUAUAUAAAGAUAACAUUGAUGAUCUUCCUGUACUACAACAUGCUGAACCUGUUGCAGUAAAUGCUGAAGAUGAUGAUGAUGGCUUAGAUGAAAAUAUUGACAAUACUGAAAACUCUUUUGAAAUUGUUAUUAGUUCAUCUCAGUGUAAUACAUCAUUUAAUCCACUGAUUACUUUACCUGUACCGAAAGGAUUGAAUGUUGUGGCUGUUGAUGACGAUGGAGUUCAUAUUUUUGAAGAUGGCAACUUUCUGUACGCUCUUCCUGGCUUAACUGAUAAGUAUUCAGAUGAUUCAGAUUUUUAUGACUCGCGUGAGGAUGUUACCAAUAUUUCCGACUUAAUAUCUCCUUCAUAUACUGCUGAACAAGUAAACGAUGAAGAAAAUGUUAAAACAAAUAUGGACAAAAUCCUUUCAGUAUCUUCAUCAUCUAAUUCACCAAAAUCAAUAACUACAAGGAAAUUAGUCAAUAAACGUUCAGGUAGCAGUGAUAGUCUAGUCAAACAACCGAGAGUUCGAUUUAGUUCUGAACCAAUCUUGGUGUUCAGUACUCAUUCCACUACAGAUUAUAAUCGUAGAAAUGAAGAAAUAGAUCCAUUGUCUGCUUCAGCAGAAUAUGAAUUAGAAAAACAUCUUGAAGAUAUGGAUAUGUUUGAAAUCGAUUUCCGUAAAGGUGUAAAUGGUCUCGGUAUUAGCAUAGUUGGUUCCGGUGUUGAUACUUCAUCUGGUGAACAGAAAUUAAGCAUAUUCAUUAAAUCAUUUACUCCUGGAGGUGCUGCAGAGGCUGAUGGUCGUAUUCAAGUGUACGAUCAAAUUGUUCAAGUAGAUGGCCAUAGUUUGGUUGGUGUCUCUCAACAAUUCGCAGCUCAAGUACUCCAAAAUACUGGGGAAAUCAUUCAUUUUGUUCUCGCCAGAGAAAAAGAUCCACCCAACUCUCGCAUAGCAAAGAUAUUGACAGAAAAACAACAAGAGGAAGACGAAGAGAAUAAUAAGGAAGGAGAGGAAAAGGCGGUUGAGAAAGAGUCAAAGUUAAAUAAUAAUUCAUCUGAUAAAUAUCAAGAGGUUGUGUCUACUCAAACCGAUAAUCCUGUAAACUUAUCAGGCGGUGAUUCUACCGAAGCUUUACAUAAUUUGAUUGCUGUAGCUACACGAUCAUUGAAAGAAGCUAAACAAUGGAACAAGGAUGAUGAUGCGGAGGAGGAGGAGGACGAGGAUGUGAUAGCUGUUGAUGAAAGUAGUGUAGAUUAUGAUAUGGAAUAUCUUAGUGUUAAUAAUAAUGAUACAAACGAUUCAUCACCUGUAAACAGUCUUUUUCAACAGUUUAGAAAAUCUUCAAAUGGUUGUGAUAAUGUAAAAUCAUUAAAUGGUUAUUCCACUGGCUUAAAUUAUCAACAAUCUAGCCCUCGAUCAGCAUUAAAAGGUACAGCAACUGCAGCAUCGACUCGUCGACGUAACGAAGCUAUCAUGGAGUAUAUUCGUCAAGCUGUACUUAUCCAAGAUAAUGUAUAUUUACCAACUGAUCUAAUUAAUAAAGAUGACUACACUAAUAAAAAUCAAAAUUCAGAUAUAGCUACAGACUGUGUUAGUACAGUGUCUUGGGCACUAGCCAGUGAAUUGCAUGAUCAUAGAAUUCAGCUACGAAAAUUCCAAUCACGUAUUCGAAAUCUAGAACAACGUUUGACUGCUCAAGAAGCUGCAGCGGAUGAAGCGAUAGAAAGACUUUGUCUACGUUGUCGUCAUUUGGAAUUAGAGCUUAAACAAUCACAACAAAAAUGUUCACAACUAAUCAUGUCACCAAAACAGCAGAAUAUCUCAAACUCUAAUAACUACUCUCCUGGAGCUAAUAACUUAUGUAAUCCAAUAUAUCAUUCAUGCUUCAUCUAUUUCUCACUCACAUCAUCUUCCCUAUUUUCCACCCACCCCCUAUAUAUUACCGUUCAUAACUAAUUACUGAGUAAAACUAUGUUCAUUUUUAAGGUGAAUCGUUGUUUCCCCAUUGAUUCUAUUAAUAAUUUAUAUGAUUUGUUUUAUGUUGGCAUUUUUUACUUUUAUCUUGUAGACUAUUGUAAUUAUUAUAUCAGUAAAUAAUAUUCGUAAAUCUUAUUUUUGCCUUUAAGUGAUAGUUGCUGACCUUAUGAGGUAGUCCUUAGCAUAAAUAUUAAUGAUUAUCACCUCAAGUUCUACAAAAGUUGUACAUGGUUACUACUAAGUUAAAUAGUUGAACUGUUUUGUGAUUCCCAUUUUUGUCAUAUAUUCACUAAUAUCACUUGAUCGUGUUAAAUAAUAUGGUAUUAUCGUACUGUUUUUGUGACUGUGUAGUUGAUGACCUUAUUGCUAGAACUGUCUAUAAUGUCAACUAUUAUAAAAUCAUUUAUUCGAAAUUGACUUCAUCUAAUCUAGUUUAGAUAGCCUAGUCUAGGUACAUACAACUUUUGUUAUCCAAAAUUGAAUAUAUAAAGAAUUUGAUGAAUUGGUUUCUUAUACACUAUUUACUUGAACUACAUUUAGCAAUCAUAAUAUAUCACAUUAGCCUUGGUAUUUAUAAUGUUUUGAAAUAAGAGUGUUGUUUACGUAAGAAACUCACCAUUGUGUUUUUAAGAAUACAUUUAGUGAUGGAUGUAAUUCUCUCCACUUUCAAAUAUUAUUAUCAUCAUUAUUAUUGGCAUUCAGUCAAUUUCUCUCGUUACCUGUUUCCUUCUUAUUGUAUAUAUUCUCAUUCAGAGAAAAAAAAGUUUAUACCGUUUAUCUCUAUCAUAUUAACUUCAUUACGUAUAUUAGCGUUAGAUAUCGUCUUUUAUCAUUAAACUUUUAAAUUGACCUAUAUUUAACUGAUAUAAUUUUAAUUAGAAUGAAUUGUGCAGAAUAAUUAUCUGUGACUUGUAUAUUACCCUUUGUUAAAGUUGUUUAUAUCCUGAUUUUAAAAUUCAAAUCUCUUUGUUUUUCUUAUUCAUUUCAAGUCACUCUUGAAUGCCUCAACGUACAAAGAUGAUGAUGGCGUGGUGGUGUCUAGAGAAAAUC